AUGGAUGAAAGCCAUCGCAUGGGACGAUCUUUUUCCAAACCCAGUGAUGGGAUACCGACAAAGCAUGAGGUACAAGAGUCCAAGACGCUAGAUGAAAGCUCCAAGAAGCUGCAAAAGAUAAUAGAUAAGCAUUCCACCGAGUAUAUCGUUCGGCUGGGGGUUGCUGGAGGCAUCUCGGGAUCAGCCGCCAAAACACUCAUUGCUCCCAUGGACCGAAUCAAGAUCUUGUUUCAGACGUCUAAUCCGGAGUUUCUCAAAUAUAGAGGCUCGUUCCGUGGUCUCUUCCAGGCUGGCCGCAAGAUCUGGGCCAACGACGGUCUCUAUGGCCUCUUCCAAGGUCACCUGGUCACUUUGCUUCGUAUUUUCCCAUACGCUGCCAUCAAAUUUGUUGCAUACGAGCAGAUCAGAUCAAUGCUCAUUCCUAAUGACUCUUACGAAACAGCUGUUCGCAGAUUCAUGGCCGGCUCGCUUUCUGGGUUGACCAGUGUAUUUUUCACUUACCCAUUAGAUUUGGUUAGAGUCAGAUUGGCUUUUGAAACUAGAAAUCUCCAGCACACCAUCGCUGGCCAUAACCAUCAAGACUUUAUUGCUCAUCAUAAGGGCAGAUUAUUUUCUAUUCUAAAACUGGUUUACCUUGAGCAUCCACCACACCGCGAGUCGGACCCAGGCUGGAUCAAAUUCAUGAGACGCAAAACACCUAAAAGUCUUGUUCCGCUUUCCAAUUUCUACAGAGGAUUCGGUCCAACGAUUUUGGGUAUGAUUCCUUACGCUGGCGUUUCCUUUUACGUCCAUGACUCCAUCCAUGACAUUUUCAGGUCCAAGCUUUUGGCCCCAUACAUGGUGGCACAGCCCUAUACCUAUGUGUCAAGCCACAAAGUGGUGAAGAUGUCGAAAGAUAAACAAAAUGUCAGCUCUAGAGAUUCUAGAGUACCACUUCGUGCAUCUGCUCAGCUUUUCGCUGGUGGAAUCGCUGGUAUGUGCUCCCAGACAGCUGCUUACCCAUUUGAAGUGAUCAGAAGAAGAAUGCAGGUGGGUGGAGCUGUGAACUCUGGCAAAUUCCUCACAUUUAAAAGAACAGUCAGAUUGAUCUUUGCUGAAAGCGGGGUCAGAGGAUUCUUUGUCGGCUUGUCUAUAGGUUACAUGAAGGUGAUACCCAUGCUGGCGUGCUCCUUCUUCGUUUACGAGAGAUGCAAGGUACUCCUAGGGAUUUGA